AUGGACCGCACAGUUGGACUUCUUGGAGGCGGCCAACUUGGCCAAAUGCUCUGCGAGGCGGCAAACCCUCUGGGUAUCAAUGUCGUCAUUCUCGAUACGGAAAACUCGCCCGCGAAGCAAGUCAAUGCGAGAACCCCCCACGUCAAUGGCUCGUUCAUCGAUGCAGAGAAGAUCCGCGAGCUUGCUCGCCAGGUCGAUAUUUUGACGAUCGAGAUUGAGCAUGUUGACACGCAUAUUCUUGAGGAAGUUGCAGAGAGGGGCGUCGAAACCGUAGCCGAGGACGGCCGGAGGACGACGAAAAAGGUUGAGGUGCAGCCGAGUUGGAGGACGCUGCGGAUGAUCCAGGAUAAAUACCUGCAAAAGCACCAUCUGGCGAAAGCCGGUGUUCAGACUGUCAUCUCGAAAGAUGUUGGGUCAAAUGAAGAGGACUUGCGAGCUUUUGGAGACAUGCACGGAUAUCCGUUCAUGCUCAAGGCGAGGAAGGACGCCUACGAUGGAAGAGGGAAUUGCCCAGUAAAGUCAGCUGAGGGUAUUCAGGAGGCACUGCAAGUUCUCAAGGGCCGGGGCUUGUAUGCAGAGAAGUGGGCGAAUUUCAGGAUGGAGCUGGCCGUCAUGGUCGUCAAAACCGAGGAUGGCCUUUCGACGGAAGGGACAGGGACUGUGGUGUACCCAGCCGUAGAAACCAUCCAUGAGGAUAGCAUAUGCAAAUUGGUAUAUGCGCCAGCCCGCGGGGUUUCCGCGACGAUACGAGAGAAAGCCCAGGCUCUGGCUCGCAAAGCAGUUGGCAGUCUGUGGGGCAAGGGUGUAUUUGGUGUAGAGUUGUUUUUGAUGCAAGACGAUACGCUCGUCGUCAAUGAAAUUGCACCUCGGCCACACAACUCUGGGCACUACACCAUCGAAGCCUGCCCAACGAUGUCCCAGUACAAAGCGCAACUCCUCUCCAUCCUCGGCGUCAUGCCCUCCAUAACUCAAAUCCCCUCCAUGUUCCCAGCAACGAUCAUGCUGAACAUCCUGGGCGGCGCCUCCAAAUCUGCUCACGACGAGUUGACGAGGAAAGCUGUAGCUAUUCCUACAGCAGCGUUACACAUGUACGGCAAGGAAUCAAAACCAGCCCGGAAAAUUGGACACAUCACUAUUGUCUCGACAUCAAUGUCCCAAUGCGAGAACCUGAUGAAACCCCUUAUCACACUUGCCAAUGCCAUGCGUGCAGCGCGCAAGAACAUCUCAUCGCCCAUAUCCUCCACUACAGCUGCAGCCCCCGAGCAACCUCUGGUGGCAGUGACCAUGGGCUCUGAUUCCGAUCUCCCGAUCUUGAAGCCCGGCAUUGCACUAUUGAAGGCCCUCGGCAUCCCAUAUCUCGUCACGAUCACUUCGGCGCAUCGCACCCCCCACCGAAUGAUUGAAUUUGCCGAGACCGCUGCAGAUAAGGGUUUCAAGGUUAUCAUUGCUGCUGCUGGCGGCGCGGCGCAUCUUCCUGGCAUGGUCGCCUCGUCUACUCAGCUGCCAGUCAUCGGUGUGCCCGUCAAGUGUAGCACCUUAGACGGCAUGGACAGUUUGCUAAGCAUUGUUCAAAUGCCACGCGGGGUUCCUGUCGCUACAAUGGCGAUCAAUAACUCGAUCAACGCCGCCCUUCUCGCCGCCAGGAUUCUCGCUACAAACGAUUCGAUCUUGCAAGGCAAACUGGAGAAAUAUACAGAGAAGAUGAGCGACGAAGUAGUGGAAAAGGCGACGCGCUUAGAAACGAUUGGAGCGGAGAGUUAUUAG